CGAGGCGACCUGCUAUGAAGAAGUGUCAGUGCCCCUAGAUCACGUAGAGCUCUGAGAGCGCGAUGAAGCAUCUAUUCCUACUCCUUGCUUCAAUACUCUUAUCAUUCUUAUCCACUCAGUGCGCAUCCUCCGCCUCGGCAGAAUGGCAGAUCCUUACAAAACAAAAUUUCUCUUCUCAGAUCCGACUCCAUCCCCAUAUCCUUCUUCUCGUCACUCUUCCCUGGUCUGGUGAGUCUCGGUUCCUUAUGAAGGAUGUGGCACUUGCACUUGCUGGUAAAAGGGAAGAUUUUGGUCCUCUAAAACUGAGGUAUAUGCAUAGAAAUACAGAGAAGAUGCUAGCAGAUUCUAUAGGUGCUCAUACUGAGGAAAUAACAUUAAUUUACUUCCAUUAUUCUAUAUCUUACAAGUAUCGAGGAAGACUUAGAGCAAAAAACAUAUUAUCUUCGCUGCAUCCCUAUAUCAUGAGCAUACCUGAGGAGGUUCCCCUUAAGGCUCUCAAGAAUCCAAAAGAAUUAAGAAUGUUCCUUGAUUCAACUGAUAAGGCUCUAGUUCUCGUAGAUUUUUGUGGAUGGGCUACAAAGUUACUUGCAAAGCAGAAUGGAACAGAAAAUAGUUAUAGCAUGCAUGGGGAUAGAUUUGGAUUGGGCUUACGUGGAAAACAUGAUAGAACCCCAGCACCCAAAGGGAAGAGUAACCUGAAGGUGGCUGGAGAGGAUAUGUGCAAAGCUGAACUCAGCAUCAGUAACGGGUUUAGUGAAGUUCCUUGGCUUGGGACAUUCACCUCAAUGAAUGAUAGUGUGCUGGAGGAGGCCAAGGAUAGCAGUUCUCAUGUUCUACCUUCAUGCACCCUACAAGAAUUUGAACAUUUUCACUCUUUCUACUCAAAAUUCAUGACCUAUGUGAGAGAAUUCUUUCUGCCUCCAGAACGGAAUAAGUUUGGUCUGGUCUCAGAAAGAUCAAUACUUUCAUCCCUAGGUGUUGGAUAUUCUGGUUCAUGGUUUGCGAUUCACUAUGUUGAUGGAUGUCCAAGCUGUUUGAAAGUUCUUAGAGAAGAGGAUGACUUGAAGAACCUCUUACAUAUUGAUGAUUAUUUUGUCAAAGAGCUGGAAGGUAAAGGACAAGAUCAAGAGACUAUUUUGCCUGCAAAUAAACCAUCAGUACUUUUGUUUGUUGAUAGAUCAUCUGAUACCUCUGAAACUAGGGGAAAAAGUAAAGAAGCUCUCAAUGCUUUUAGAGAACUGGCACAGCAUUAUCAUGUUUUGAACCAAAUGGGCAAGAAGGAUGAUGAUAGUCUUGAAAAAUUUUCAAUUCAAGAUUAUCAAAGCUUGAAGAGUGCAUCUGAACAUCCUAGAUUAAAGCUGUCUAAGACAGCUCAGAAGAUUAAACUAAAGGAGAAGAUGUCUACAAUCAUGGUUAUAAAUGAAGGCAAGCAUGUUAGUUUGGACAAAGUAACUUCUGACGUUCAAGUGACUUCUUUGAAUGAGAUUCUUGGCUACCUUUUACAGAAAAACCAGGAUGGAAGAUUAAGCUCCCUGGCAAAGGAUUUAGGUUUCCAACUUUUAUCUGAUGAUAUUGACAUCAAACCAUUUCAUGCACAACAAUCCCAUUCUGAAGUUCUGUCUAAUCCAAUGUCAGCAGAAACCUCUCAUGUUGGCCAUACAGGUAAUUCAAACCUGGAUAAUGACCCAAAUUUGCUGAGUAGAUCUGCUGGAGAGCCAGAAGAAAAUUCCAAAUCGACAGAGCUUUCUUCUCAAAAUGAUGAAGCGAUGACAUCUCAUGUUGAUUCAAGUACAGAGAUAAAAUCUGCCAAGCCUGAAGAAUCCUUAAUGGAUCAUGAACUUCAGGUUACCAAAAAUAUGAAAGCAGAAAAAGAGGGUUCAUCAGCUGGAGACAAGUCUGGGGAAGAAUCCAUUGCAGAUCAUGAAUUUUCUGUUGCUAAAAAUAUGAAAAUAGAAAUAGGGGAUUUUUCAGAUGGAGGCCAGUCUGGGAAAGAAUCCAAUGUGGCUCAUGAACUUCCUGCUGCUAAAAAUGUGAAAGCAGAAACAGACUCUUAUUUGGAUGGUGGCAAGGUUGGUGAAGAAUUUGAUCAAUUUCUUGGUUUCAAUGGUUCUUUUUUCUAUUCUGAAGGUAAUUACCAGUUACUUAAAGCUUUGACUGGUAAUUUUAGAAUUCCAACUUUGGUUAUAGUUGAUCCUGUUCGGCAGCAACAUUAUGUUUUCCCUGAUGAUCAAAAUUUCAACUUUUCUUCUCUAAAUGGAUUUCUUUCUGGGUUUGUUAAUGAUACACUGCUUCCUUACCAACAAUCUGAGCAUGUUCUUCGAGGCCCAAGGGAAGCCGCCCGUCCACCAUUUGUUAAUUUGGAUUUUCAUGAGGUGGAUUCUUUACCUAGGAUUACUGCUCAUACUUUCUCUGAGCUUGCCAUUGGGUUCAACCACUCUGAUAAAGAUAAUGCUUGGAAUAAGGAUGUCUUAGUCUUGUUUAGCUAUAGUUGGUGUGGAUAUUGCCAGAGAAUGGAAAUGGUUGUCCGUGAAGUACAUCGAGCCUUUAAGGGCUACAUGGAUAUGUUGAAAAGUGAAUCUAGGAAUAUGAAAGCUAUUUCUGAUCACGAAAACUUGGAUCAUGAUACAAUAAAGCUUCCAGUGAUAUACUUAUUGGACUGUACAUUGAAUGACUGUGAUUUGAUAUUAAAAUCUGCAAAUCAGAGGGAAGUUUAUCCUACUCUGGUUUUAUUUCCAGCAGAAGAGAAGAAACCUCUACUUUAUGAAGGAGAUAUUGCAGUAAUUAAUGUAAUCAAGUUUGUGGCUGAGCAUGCAAGUUAUUUUAAUCAUGUUAUCCGUGAUAAAGUUUUGCGGCUUCAUCCAGGGGGAGACAGGAAUAAGAAUCUGUAUAGUACUUUACCUACUGAUGUUCACCAGGAAUCACUAUAUGUGAACGUCAAAUAUCAUGGAGCCCAAGGUUGGGACAGGAACUUGGACAAUGUGGCCAAACUCAACCUGAUGAAACCAUCUGUGUCAAACGGACCGGAUGAAACGUUACCUCCAGUAAUGAUUGGUUCAGUGCUAAUUGCGACAGAGAAGCUUUUGGGGAUUCAGCCAUUUGAUGGAUCAAAGAUUCUCAUUGUGGCAGCCGAUCAAAUAAGUGGGUUUCAGGGUGUUAUCAUAAACAAGCAUAUAGAAUGGAGUUCUCUCCCUGAGCUGGGAGGCGGCUUUGAAAUACUUAAAGAAGCUCCCCUUUCUUUUGGGGGUCCUGUUGUGAAAAGUGGAAUGCCAUUUUUAUCUUUGACCCGGAAUGUUUCCAUAAAUUCUUUACCAGAAAUCCUUCCGGGAGUUUACUUCCUCGACCACCUUGCCACGAUAAGUAAAAUAGAAGAAAUGAAAUCGGAGGCAGGCCAAUCAAUUGUGGAUCACUGGUUUUUCUUGGGGUACGCUAGUUGGAAUUGGAAUCAGUUGUUCAAUGAGAUGGCCCAAGGGGCAUGGAACUUGAGUGAAGACGGAAUGAAGCAUUUGGUUUGGCCCUGAGGACCAUUUCUUUGCCCUAUGUACUGUAAUUUGUAGAUUUAUUUCAGCUGUAGAAAUAAUUCCCAAACGCUUGUAUAUUAGAAAAUAGCACCCGAAAUAUGAUUCAUUGGAAGGGCUUGAAGUUUUUGGCGGGAAAAAAAGCUUGAAGUUGCAAAACUAGGAAAAUCGUGUAUUUGGUAUUUGAUUCUUCAAAAUGUAGGACAAGAUGAGCAAAAACUGUAGCUGCUGGACCAUUUGCAAUUUAGUUCAAAGUUCAGUAAUGAAAAUGAUGGAUUGGCCAAAUAAAAUCAUUUUACACGAUCUGAAAUAUACUAAAUGGAAAAUUUUGAUAAA